UGCUUCUCAAAAGAACACUCCCAUCUCAGCGCAAGGCACUCCAGGGGUGGUGGAGUCGAGAGUGAGCACGGAGCUAACGCAGGAUGGGAAGCAACAACAUCAACAACAGCCCCAUCACUGGCCCGCGACUCGGGUGGUUGCUCUGUACCCUUCUGAUGGUCCAGGGCGUGUGUCUCACCGUCACUUAUCUGCACUUUAACAGCAAGUUGAAACAGAUGGAGGAGACCUUCACCAAGAACAGUAUGAGGUGCCUGACAGAAGACAUUCUCAACCCUCUCGCCGGCUCUGCGGAGGAUGAAGAUCUGAACGACGGCCAGGGUAGCGAGCUGGAGGGAAGGGGUGAAGAUGAAUGCUGGAGAUUCCGAGGGCAAAUCCAACAGCUGGUGCAAGAUACAAUAUCCAAACAAUAUGAAGAGGACAUGUCACUCAUUGUGAAAGGUGAGGUCUCUCAGUUCCUCCCGUACCUGAGGCAGUCGGGAUUUGGGUCACAGCCGCCUGCGCAGAAAGUAGCCGCACAUCUCGUCGGGACACAAAGGACAAAGGCAGCCUCUCUGGAAGAGUCCACAGCCAAGAUGCUUCAAGGGCAGAAGAUCCAAGAGUGGGAACCCACCAAAGGCCAGGCGUUCCUGCACAACGUGGAGUACCAGAACGGGGAGCUGAUCGUGUCGCAAACCGGCCUCUACUACGUCUACGGCCAGACCUACUUCCGUCACCGCGACCUGGGGGCCAAUGAGGGCCGCAGUCGGGGGGAGGGGCCGUCCGAUACCGACAACAAGCAGAUGAUCCAGUACAUCUACAAGAGCAGCGCCUACCCCGAGCCCAUCCUCCUCAUGAAGCACACACGCACCACCUGCUGGGCCAAGAACGCUGAGUAUGGCCUGCACUCCAUCUACCAGGGCGGCCUUUUCCAUCUCCGAUACAGCGACCGGGUAUUUGUGGCCGUCAGUAAUGUCAGCCUCAUCGACGUGGCUGGCGGCUCCAGCUUCUUCGGGGCCUUUCUGGUCAGCUAGUCGGCUGGAGAUGAACAUGAGGUUGCUCCAUGAGCCCCGGUGUCAAUUGCACAUGAUCUUGGUGGAGGAAGGUCACUUGGGAACGGAGGGACUGAACCAGUUUGAUAUUGGUAUAUUAGUGUCACGUGUACCAACACACAGUGAGAAACCGCUGGUUUACCUCAAUCUAAAUCAGUCUCAACCAAGAGCCACCCCACCAGCAUAGGGCGACGCAGCGGGUAGAGCCGCUGCCUCACAGCGCCAGAGACCCAGGCUCCGUCCCGACCUGGGGACCUGUCUGUGCGUGUGGAAUCUGCACGUCCUCCCGAGACCUCGUGGGUUCCCUCCGGGCGCUCCUGUUUCUUCCCAUGUUCAAGUUCAUGCGAGUUGUCCCGCUUGUAAAUUGUCCCCGUCCCCCCCCCCCCCC